UACAAAAUGACUUAUUUUAUGAAAAUAAAUUAAAAUAGCAUAAGUUUAUACACCGUUGCGUCACAAUAAUGUUUUUACAAAACGCGAAGCAAUUAAUAAAAUACAUUAGCUACAACCCACGUCAGUGUCGAUGUAAAUCUGGUACGGCACUUGGUUUGACCAAAAACCGUAUAAAACAAGGUCCCAGCUUAAAGGAUUUUAUUGUAGAGUCUACAGGACCAUCGGAGGUUAUUACUCAUCCACCUCAUAUACCGUAUUUACCAGAGAAAUAUGGGAAUACAUCGAAAAGGAAAGUUUUCUUCGAUGUUUAUGGAUGUCAGAUGAACCUUAGCGAUACUGAGAUUGUUUGGUCUAUUUUGAAAACAGAGGGGUUUGAAAAGACUACAAUAGAGGAGGAAGCGGAUAUCUUCCUUGUUAUGACAUGUGCAAUUAGAGAAGGAGCGGAAAAUAAGAUAUGGAAUCGUCUGGAUCAUUUGAGAGGUUACAAGAAACGACGUUCGUUUUCGAGGAACCAUAGACAUAAACCGAUAAAGAUUGGUAUCUUGGGUUGCAUGGCUGAACGAUUGAAAGAGAAACUCAUUGAGAAGGAAAAGGCUGUUGAUAUUGUCGCAGGUCCUGAUAGCUAUAGGGACUUACCUCGCCUCCUGGCUUUGACAGAGAGUGGUCAGACAGCUGUCAACGUGCUGCUGUCACUGGAUGAGACGUACGCUGAUGUUGUGCCUGUCAGACUGAACCAGGACAGUGUUUCUGCUUUCAUAUCAAUAAUGCGCGGUUGCGACAACAUGUGCACGUACUGUAUCGUGCCGUUCACCCGCGGCCGCGAGCGCUCGCGCCCCGUGGCGACCAUAGUGGACGAGGUCAGGCACCUAGCGGACUGCGGUGUGAAGGAGGUCACGCUGCUCGGACAAAAUGUAAACAGCUACCGGGACGUCGCGGAACGAACAGAGAGGAACGACACACAGUUGGCUCAAGGUUUCAAAACUGUAUAUAAAAGCAAGAAAGGUGGCCUCAGAUUUGCGGAUCUUUUGGACAAGGUGUCGGCUGUGGACCCCGAAAUGAGAAUCAGGUUCACCGCCUCACAUCCUAAGGACUUUCCGGAUGAGGUGCUGCAAGUGAUAUCCGAGCGGCCCAACAUCUGUAAAAUGCUCCACCUCCCCGCUCAGUCGGGCUCCAGUGCAGUGCUGGAGCGCAUGCGCCGCGGGUACACCAGGGAGGCUUACUUGCGCCUCGUGGAACACAUCCGCAGCGUUAUACCCGGAGUGGGUCUGUCCACGGACAUGAUCUGCGGCUUCUGCGGCGAAACGGACGAGGAGUUCGAGCAAACGAUGACUCUCAUGGAAAUCGUCGACUACAACGUGGCCUUCCUGUUCCCCUACAGCAUGAGAGAGAAAACGACCGCCUACCGCCGUUACAAAGACGACGUGCCAGAAGAAGUGAAAAAAGAGAGACACAACCGCAUGGUAGAAAUAUAUCGCAGAAAGUGUCAAAAACUUAACGAAUCAGAAAUCGGAAACGUACAUUUAGUUCUUGUAGAAGGAGUUGUACCGAAAACUGGACAAAUUCUGGGCAGAAAUGAGCUGUAUAUAAAAGUGGUUUUCGAUGAUAUUGAAAUACCCUCGGGACAGGGUAAAAGGGGGGUGAAGCGGGGAGAUUACGUGGGUAUUAGGAUCGUGUCGUCGAAAUCGUCAGUUUUGACUGGAGUUGCGUUGUACCAUACAAGUAUUAGGGAGUUCUAUAAGGAGCAUGGAUGGGCUGAACGUGACCUGCUAAGGGCAAAGAAUUAAUAGGAUAGUCUCAUUUGUAAAAGUUUCGGCGCCCCUGGCUCAGUGGUGAGUGCUAUAGUCUUAUGAGAGUAGGUCCCGGGUUCGACCCUAUAAAUUGCGAAUUUUCUCUGUUCUGAUCUGGUGGUCUAUUUAACAUAAAUUCUCUCAGUGUUUUGGUCCUUAUCCAAGGUCUAGGUCUCUAUCUUUAUGUAUCUAUAUAAAAAGUAUUAAAAAUAAAUAAAAUAAAAAUA